AUGGUGUCAUUCUCUGCGAAGGCGCUUGUCGGCGCGGCUUUGCUCACGGCGCCUGCCGUCCAGGCAGACGACCUCGCCGGGCAGAUUGUUGAAGUCGGAAAUACCCUUGUGUCGGCCAUGAUGAUGUUCCUUGGAAAGACCAAUAAGGUGUACAUCCUGGACAAGAUCGAGGGCAACGCCCAGCAGAUCAAUGGUCAUUCACUCUACGCUUCAGUAUGGGAUCUUGACACCAAGCAAGCAACCCCAAUGGAUGUACAGACCAACCCCUUCUGCGCCAACGGCAUGCAUCUACCAAACGGCUCCUUCGUUGUCUUUGGCGGUAAUAACGCGGUUGGACCCGGUGGCGACAAUCACAUCUCGGGUAGUACGAAACUCUACGAUCCCACAUAUCAAGACAACAACGGCACCUAUGCUAUCCGUGUGCUUACGCCUUGCGAUGGUGACGUCGACAGCGAUCCUGAAUGCGCUUGGGUCGACAGCCCCAACUCUGGUCUUCGAAUGCAGUCGGGCCGCUGGUACCCUGGUGCGGAAGCGCUCGGUAACGGUUCGGUCAUCAUUAUAGGCGGUUUCAGCUCAGGUGGUUAUAUCAACAGGAAUUACCCGAACAAAGAUCCGCUGUACUCGGGCGGUGGUAGCAAUCCCACCUAUGAAAUCUACCCGAACAACGGCGUAACAGAACGUGUCAUGCAGUUUAUGGGCACUACUUCCGGACUCAACUCGUACCCGCUCACGUACCUGCUGUCCUCGGGCAAGUUCUUUGUACAGGCCAAUUACUCCACGAUUCUCUGGGAUGCCGACGCCAACGUCGAGACUCCACUGCCCGACAUGCCAAACCAGAUCGUUCGCGUCUACCCCGCGUCUGGUGCAAACGCAAUGAUGCCGUUGACUGUCGCAAACAACUACGAACAAACCGUCAUCAUGUGCGGUGGUUUCUUCAUGCAAGAUGACCAGUGGGGAGACUUCACGUAUCCCUACAUCAACCCGUGGGAGCAGGCGUCGAGCGCAGACUGCCAGCGUAUCACGCCUGAGCCCGCCGACGGAUCCGCGGCAGCGUACCAACAGGACGAUGAUAUGCCCACCACGCGUACCAUGGGUCAAUUCAUCUUGCUUCCCGACGGCAAGAUGUUGGUGGUCAAUGGCGGUCGUAAUGGGACAGCGGGUUAUGGCACAGCCACGAAGAUCACGCCUCAGGCUCAAAUGCCGUGGGGCGAAUCGUAUGCUGCCGAGCCUCAAGGGCAACCUGCCAUCUACGACCCGACAGCUGCAGCCGGGUCGCGCUGGAGCACCGAGGGUCUCGCAACGUCGAAUACCCCACGCUUGUACCACUCGUCGGCUAUUCUGCUCCCUGAUGGCUCCGUCAUGAUCGCAGGUUCGAACCCGAACAUCGAUGCGAACACAACCGCACCCUUCCCGACGACGUACACGGCCGAGUACUUCUACCCGCCAUACUUCAACGCGUCAACCCGCCCGGUCCCCUCUGGCAUCCCGGGCAACUUAUCAUACGGCGGUGAUUACUUCGACAUCACUGUGCCGUCGUCUUCCUAUUCGGGAGACGCGAACGACGCCGCCAGCUCGACUAUGAUUUGGCUUUCGCGUCCAGGCUGGACAACACACGCUAUGAACAUGGGCCAGCGCAUGCUGCAGCUGAACAAUACUUUCUCCGUAUCUUCCGACGGCACGAUCACGUAUCAUGUUGCUCAGCCCCCGCCGAACCCCAAUCUCUUCCAGCCUGGUCCGGCCUACGUGUGGGUGACUAUCAACGGUGUUCCUUCGAAUGGCACAUAUGUCAUUGUCGGCUCGGGUGACUUUGGUACCCAGCCGACAUCGGAUGCAUCUGUAUUGCCUGCGAGCGUACGCGCCGAGGGCGCCUCUGGCUCUGGAGGCAACAGCUCGAGCAGCUCGGGGUCCGGAUCCGGCUCCAAUAACGAUACGAGCGGCUCCUCUGCUCCGCGCUCCUUCACUACAACGACAGCAGGCCUAGUCCUCGUCAUUGCCGGUGCUUUCAUGCUCGUAUAG